AUGCCACCGCACGUCCUCCUCCUCGGCGGCCAUGGCAAGGUCGCCCUGCACCUGACGCCUCUGCUUCUGGCCCGCUCGUGGAACGUCACCAGCGUGAUCCGCAACCCGGAGCACGAGAAGGAGAUCCUGCAGCUGGGCAGCGGCCACGGCCUCCAGGGCAAAGGCAAAGGCAAAGGCAAGGUGGAGGUCCUCGUGUCCAGUCUGGAUGACGUCAAGAGCGAUGCCGACGCCCAGGCCAUCCUCGACAAAGUGCAGCCCGACUACGUCGUGUGGUCUGCAGGCGCGGGCGGCAAAGGCGGACCGGAGCGAACGUAUGCCAUCGACCAGAACGCCGCCAAGCACUUCAUCGCGACGGCGUUGGCGUCGCCGCGCGUGAAAAAGUUCCUGCUCAUCUCGCACCUGGGCAGCCGCCGCAACAAGCCCGCGUGGAUGACCGACGACGACUGGCGGCACCUGCAGCACGUCAACCACGACCUGCUGCCGACGUACGCCAAGGCGAAGCUCGAGGCGGACGAGUACCUGACGGCGCGGGCGGAGCUGCGGAGGAGACAGUUCCCCGACAGCCCCUUCCAGUACAUCCUGCUGCGGCCCGGGUGGCUGUCGGAUGAGCGUGCGACAGGGAGGGUUGCGCUGGGGAAGACGGGUGCGCAGGGCAAGGUGACGCGCGAGGACGUGGCGAUUGUGGCGGACCGGCUACUGGCGAGGGACGACACGCAUGGCUGGUAUGACCUGCUGAAUGGCGACGAGCCGAUUGACGAGGCGGUCGAGAGGGUUGUCCGGGAGGGAGUGGAUGCGGUGGAGGGGGAGGAUGUCGAGGGGAUGAUCAAGCGAUUCAAUUUGCAGUAG